GCGAAGCUUUAUUUCAUUCAGUUGUAGCUUUGAUAACAGAGAGAAAUCUUAUUAGGAUCAUGUCUAAUCAAGAUUUGGUAACCGCUGCAUUCACAGCGAUAUUUGGUGGAGGGCUUCCUUCAAAUUCCAUCCAUCAACUUUUCAGUCAAAUUCACAUGGGCACGGUUCCCUUAUGGCAGCCACCGUCAUCAUCACCUUUCCCCAUUAUCACAAGUUCAACUCACAAUGGAAUAAUUGUCCAGAAUCCCAUCCAAAAUAUCGUAGUUAAUUACGUAGACCCAGCAGAGCUUGAUCCUCGAUUCCAUUUUGAUUUCCGGAACGUCAUACGUCUUGAUUGGAACUGCUUUAGAGGGAACUAUUACUUUCCGUAUCAACGACCGCGCGGUUGGUACAGAAUAGCUUUAAACGUUCUCGGAAGAUACCAGGACGGCAACCUUUGGCUCGGUCCUAACGGUCUGCGUAAUGCACCAGCCUUUGGAGAAUGGCCUGUCUCAUAUCAUGGUACAAAUAUCAAGUUCGUUAACAGCAUCAUAAAACAAGGUUUUCAGCCCGGCCCGAAUGCAAAGUUUGGCAUCGGCAUCUACAGCAGCCCCAGUAUUGAAAUGGUUGAACGGAAGGGUUAUGCAAAGGCUUUUAUACAUAAUGGUAAAGUUUACAAAGUUGCGCUGCAAAAUCGUGUCAAUCCUUUUACACUCCGUUUUAUCCCAGCCCGGUAUACAGGUACCGGAGCUGACUACUGGCUGUCACAAUAUGGAGACAUACGUCCUUAUGGUGUGCUCAUCAAAGAAGUCGUAACUGGAUACUAAUUCUUAGAACACAACAGCGACAUCGAUGAAUAAAGGUGAAACAAAAUAUAUAUAAUCGCACGAUACAAU